GCGAAUCUUGGAAGGAGGGCGGGGAAGAGACGGAGCUGCCAGCGCAUGCGCAGUAUGUGAGGCUGGGGAAUUCAUGUGGAGGUCAGUGUGGAAGCAGGUGUGAGUGGGUCCAGCAGAAGGAGACAUGGCUGCCAAAGUGUUUGAGUCCAUCGGCAAGUUCGGCCUGGCCUUAGCCAUUGCGGGAGGCGUGGUGAACUCUGCUUUGUACAAUGUUGAUGCUGGGCACAGAGCUGUCAUCUUUGACCGGUUCCGUGGAGUGCAAGACAUUGUGGUAGGGGAAGGGACUCACUUUCUCAUCCCUUGGGUACAGAAACCAAUUAUCUUUGACUGCCGCUCUCGACCACGUAACGUGCCAGUAAUCACUGGUAGCAAAGAUUUACAGAAUGUCAACAUCACCCUGCGCAUCCUUUUCCGGCCAGUUGCCAGCCAGCUUCCCCGCAUCUUCACCAGCAUCGGAGAGGACUAUGACGAGCGCGUGCUGCCAUCCAUCACUACAGAGAUCCUCAAGUCAGUGGUGGCUCGCUUUGAUGCUGGAGAACUCAUCACCCAGAGAGAGCUGGUCUCCAGGCAGGUGAGCGAUGACCUUACGGAGCGAGCAGCAACCUUUGGGCUCAUCCUGGAUGACGUGUCCUUGACACAUCUGACCUUCGGGAAGGAGUUCACAGAAGCGGUAGAAGCCAAACAGGUGGCUCAGCAGGAAGCGGAGAGGGCCAGAUUUGUGGUGGAGAAGGCUGAGCAGCAGAAGAAGGCGGCCAUCAUCUCUGCUGAGGGUGACUCCAAGGCAGCCGAGCUGAUCGCCAACUCGCUCGCCACUGCGGGCGACGGCCUGAUCGAGCUGCGCAAGCUGGAAGCCGCCGAGGACAUCGCGUACCAGCUGUCGCGCUCUCGGAACAUCACCUACCUGCCUUCCGGGCAGUCAGUGCUCCUCCAGCUGCCCCAGUGAGGCUUGCCCUGCCUGCACCUCCUUGGGCCACAGCCCCGAUGAUUCUUAGCACCACCUUCCUUCUGCCCCCCACCCCAGAAAUCACUGUGAAGUUUCAUGAUUGGCUUAAAGUGAAGGAAAUAAAAGCAAAGUCACUUCAGAUCUCUAAUUAUCAGAUAGAGCUCUUUCAUUCUUCUCAUUUCCAUCCAACUUUUUAUCCGCCUCCCUCCCCAAAAUUGCCAAGUGCCUACGCAGACCAGCUUGGCUCCUGUCUCCAGGGCCUGCUGGAGCUCCAGCCGAGGUACUGGCACUUUGGCAGAAGAAAGGCAGGGCCAUGUGCGUGACGGGCUGGGGAGCACAGUUGUUGGCCAAGUAAACCUGUAGCCUCCAAACUAUCAUUUAUUCAAGACGUAAGGAAGACGGCCCAGGCAGCUGAGCUGAGACUGCAGGCCUCACUCAGGGUUCUCCAGCGGUUCCUGCACAGACCCAGCUGAAGUGAGGUGCUGGGGAGGGUCGGAGAGGAAGUGGUCUGUCUCUUACCAUCAGGCUCAAUCUCUAACUGUGGGGCCAGCGGAAGCAGGUGUGUACGAACAGGGCGUGGAUUGAAGAAGCUGCCCCUGUGAAGGUGGGUGGGCCUGACUGGCUGCCCCCCCAGGGUCUGAAAGCUGGGAUGGACUUGGAUAGAGAGAGCGGGCCUGGACCACGAUCUGAGUCCUGCUGGAGACUUCCUCUCUACCCCCACCUUGGUGUCUCAAAUACCCGGUGGAAUUCCAGCUUGAAGGAUUGCAUCCUGCCGGGGCUGAACAUGCCUGCCAAAGACGUGUGCAUCCUGCGUUCCUGCUCCCUCGUUCAGAGACUGCCCUUCUAGAGGGUUCUGUGCCUGUGCUUUGAGGAAACAACCAUGGGAAGAAAAAUGUGUGUAAACUGCUGUCAAUAAAUGACACCCAGACCUUCCAGC